GUGAUGAUGACGAGCUGUGUCACAUGUAGCCGACGUCACCAGAGGCGGAAUAGUCGCUAGGAACUAGCAGCUCUGAUAACGCGCUGGAAGUCGCAGUGCCGCCGUUGGUGUCCUCUGUAUUGGCUGGUUAGAGGUUGUUUCUGUGGGUUACAUCUAACCUCAUUGGGGUGAACCGGAGCUUGCUAGAAGCGCUGAAUUCCGUGCUGUUACGGUCGCUGUUACGGACCACGGCAAAAAGAGAAAUUGGAGGCAGCGCAAUGAAGACCUUGCCCUACUUCUGCCGGGGCGAGGUGGUCAAGGGUUUCGGUAGAGGCUCCAAGGAGCUCGGCAUCCCCACAGCUAAUUUUGCUGAAAAAAUUGUGGACAGGCUUCCUGCUGACAUAUCUACAGGUAUUUACUAUGGUUGGGGCCAAGUGGGAAAUGGUGAAGUUCACAAGAUGGUUAUGAGUAUUGGCUGGAAUCCUUUCUACAAAAACACCAAGAAAUCUAUGGAAACGCAUAUAAUUCAUGAUUAUAUGAAGGACUUCUAUGGAGAAAUUCUCAGCAUAGUUAUUGCUGGCUACAUUAGACCAGAAAAAAGUUUUGAUUCCCUUGAUGCAUUAAUUUCUGCAAUUUACAGCGACAUCGAAGAAGCCAAGAAACGACUAGAACUACCAGAAUACCAAGCCCUUAGAGAUCGUUUCUUUUGCAGUACAUCAGAUAAAAUAAUGAACGGUCAUUGACUACUACCACCUACUGUUCAGUGCUGCACUAUAAUAUUUCCUUGCUCUCUGCCUAUUGGUAUAAUUGUGCGCCAGUCAAAAGUUUAAUCCUUGCAUACAUUAAUGGUUAUUUAUUUUCAUUUCAUAAUUUUGUUAUAAAUGUUACCUAAAGUUAUGUAUUUAAAUAAAGGGAUGUAUCUUG